CAUCGCUCGACUCACAUCGGUGAGGAUCUGACGGGUGUAAAUCACAUCCAGCACUAUUUGCCCCCAACCUGUCCACUGUGACCCCGGCAUCCCACGGCAGCCUGCGCCGGCUCGCGGAUUACCUCGCAGGAUAUUUACCGCUGAAAUCGCACUCCUUGCACUUUGGGAUUGCGCACAAUCGGGCAUUCGUACCGCCGCUGCUGCUGUUAGUACAAAACGGAUGUCAGUGUGGUGGUCAGAGAUGGGAGAGGGUCUGGGACCGCUCUCCCCUGUAGGAUGGUAGCCGAUAGCACAGUGGAAGGCCAUGACAAAACCCACUUGUCAAACUCAUCGGCGUCAUCAUCCUCAUCGUCAUCCCUGUCCUCAUCGUCAUCCCUAUCCUCAUCGUCAUCCCUAUCCUCAUCGUCGUCCUUAUCCUCAUCAUCUUCCUUGUCCUCAUCAUCUUCCUUGUCCUCAUCGCGGUCCUCACUGUCAUCAUCCCUAGCCAGACACGAGCUUGCUCUCAGUCCUCACCACACAGAGCAGUUUCAGCAUCAGGCCGUUCCAGGUCCGAAUCCGAGGUCAGCACCUGUCCCCUGUGUGUAUCUGACCCACUUCCCUACCUUCUCCUGCCAGGAGGAUUGCAACCUCAUUACUGACACAGCAUCCAAGCUUGAGCGCAGCGGCUUCUACUGGGGUCCCCUGGGAGUGGAGGAGGCUCAUCGCAUGCUGCGGGACGCUCCACUGGGAAGCUUCCUCAUCCGCGAUAGCAGGCAGAAGGACGUCUUCUUCACACUGUCCUACCACGCCAAGAGCGGGCCGGUCAGUGUACGCAUCACCUACAGUCGGCAAAAGUUCUCACUGGCAGGCAACGAGCGCUCCUUCCCAACACUCUUUGCCCUCUUGGAGCAUUAUAUCAGUUCUCCCAAGAAGAGUCUGAGUAUCCCCUACAGGAAAUGGCAGCCAACACUGCAGGAGCUGUGCAGGAAGCGCAUCAUGGAGCUGUGUGGUGGAAGAAGCCUGGUUUCAGAGCUGCCUAUAACCCAUGUCGCCAAAGACUUCCUGUUGGAAUUUCCUUACAAACUAUAACAAAGCUGACUUAUAAGGUUUUGAUAGUAUUAUCUUUAACUUCAAGGAAGCAGUUUUUACCAAGGAGCAGUAAACUAUCAUGUUGCCAUCAUGUGUUGGAUGUUAAGACUACAUCACCAUGGUUACAGAUUAAAGCAGCUCCCUGUUUUGAGCUGAAAAGCUCCAAAAUGUUCCACAAAACACAUUUUGACCACAGUCAAGAACAGACGUUCUCCAGUUGGACAGGGUUCAUGCAUGGCAUUUCAACAUACAUUACCUCCAGUGAUUCAACUCCACGUUCCACAUGGACGGAGCGCCUUUUGGUCUUGAGGAAGCAUGAAAAACUGGAAAAUGCUGCAUUAAGAGAAAACUACAGACACAAUAGUUGUUACAGUGAUAAUAGAACUGGGAUCAACUGGG